AUGGCGAGGAACGGCCCGCCAUCGCUCGAGAAGAAGCCGGUCAAGUUUAGCAAUCUGUUGCGCGCAGUCGGUGCUGGUCUCAACAUGUUUGAAGUGACAACUCUGGGACAGCCGUUGGAGGUCGUCAAGACUACCAUGGCUGCCAACAGGUCUGAAGGCUUCUCGGGAGCCAUUGGUCGCAUCUGGGCGCGUGGAGGUGUUCUUGGAUUCUACCAGGGUCUCAUUCCAUGGGCCUGGAUCGAAGCCUCCACCAAAGGAGCCGUCCUUCUCUUCGUCGCUUCCGAAGCCGAAUACUACGCCAAGUCAUUCGGCGCCCCCGACUUUCUUGCCGGUAUCUCUGGUGGUAUGACGGGUGGUCUUGCUCAAGCCUAUGCCACCAUGGGUUUCUGCACUUGCAUGAAGACGGUCGAGAUUACAAAGCACAAGGUCGCAGCCACCGGUGCGAAGCCUCCGGGUACGCUCGAGACAUUCAUGGGCAUCUGGCGCGCGGAGGGUCUCCGCGGUAUCAACCGUGGUGUCAACGCCGUCGCGGUGCGCCAGGUCACCAACUGGGGAUCCCGUUUCGGUCUGUCUCGUGUUGCGGAAACCGGUAUUCGCAAGGUUAUGGACAAGCAGCACGGCGAGAAGCUCAGCGUGAUUGAGAAGAUCACCGCUUCAGCUCUCGGUGGUGGUUUGAGCGCGUGGAACCAGCCUAUUGAGGUUAUUCGCGUGGAGCUUCAGUCCAAGACUGUUGACCCCAACCGCCCCAAGAACCUGAAUGUCGCAUCUGCGUUCAAGUACAUCUACUCGAACAACGGUAUCAAGGGUCUUUACCGUGGCGUUACUCCUAGAAUCGGUCUUGGCGUUUGGCAGACGGUCUGCAUGGUUGCUCUCGGCGAUGUUGCCAAGGAGGCUGUUGAGAAGCUCACUGGCGACAAGGUUACCGCGAAGCAUUAG